CGGUAAGUAUCCUUCAAUGUUUGGUUUUUCGUGUUCAAGAUUAGCUUUGAAUAAGAGUGUUUCUCUGUUUGUUUCAAAUGCCCAACUGGGUAUUUUUCCUUCUCACUCAUUAUUCGUAAUUACAUCCUUUUCGUCUUCCACAUCUUGUAAUUUGAAUGAGAACUCAUUUGUAGUCUCUUAUCUCAUAAAUUCUUGUGGAUUAACCCUAAAAUCUGCUCAAUCUAUCUCUAAGAUUAAGAGGAUGCGUUUUGAAACCCCUGAAAGACCGGACUCAGUACUUAGGCUUCUCAGGGAACAUGGAUUCACCAAUUCUGACAUCUCCAGAAUUGUUAAGGGUAGGCCCCAGGUGCUUUUAGCGCAUCCAAAAAAUACUCUCAUGCCCAAGUUUGAGUUUCUGCGUUCUAUAGGGGUUUCAACUUCAGGCCUUUCAAUAAUUGUUUCUAGGAACCCAUUUUUGUUGACUCAAAGUAUAGAGCAACAUCUGAUUCCACUUUAUGAGUUCCUUAAAAGUGUACUUGUUACUGAUGAGAAAGUAGUUACGGCCCUGAAACACAUGAAACGAAAUUUUAAGCUGAACAGCUUUUCGAACAAUUUGGCCUUCUUAAGAGGGCUUGGAGUUCCUCAAUCUUCCAUCUCUUACUUGCUCACCCAACAUCCGUUUGUAAUGUUCCAAGAAGCGGGCAAGCUUGCUGAAGGGGUUAAUAAGGUUAUGAAACUAGGAUUUGACCCUUCAAAAAUUAUGUUUGUUGAGGCAGUCCUUGUUUUUUAUACGAUGACGCAAAAAACAUGGGAACACAAAAUGGGGGUUUAUAGGAGAUGGGCUUUGUCUGAAGAUGAGGUUUGGUUGAUUUUCAGAAAGCAUCCUAUUUGUAUGACUUUGUCUGAGAAGAAUGUCAUGGGUACAAUGGAUUUUCUAGUGUUCAAAAUGGGCUGGCAGCCUGCUGCUGUUGCUAGAGUUCCAGUUGUGCUUUGUUAUAGUUUGGAGAGGAGGAUUAUGCCUAGAUGUUCAGUUGUAAGAGUUUUGCUUUUAAAGGGUUUGAUUAAGGCAGACAUCCAUUUAUCCUCGGUGUUGAUAUCUUCUGAAAAGCUCUUCUUGGAAAGGUUUGUGAUCAAGUAUCAAGAAAAUGUGCCUCAAUUGUUGGACAUCUUUCAGAGAAAAAUGGAUCUUAAAGAACUUGGCUUUGACUUUGAUGAUAAUUUUAAGAUUUCUGGGUUAGGAAAUGUCUAGCCUGCAGCAUGUGAAUCUCAAACCCAUUAAUUCCAAUUUGAUUCACUUUCUAAUUGAUUCCCUUAAUUUCUUUGGUGCAUUGGUAAAAGCUUUGAUGAGUAAACUUGAUAACUUUGACUUCUCAUUAGAUUCUUUUUUUUUUUUUUUUUUUUUUUGGUUGUUCAAGUUCAAACUGGUCAAGAUUUGAAGUGUUUAUCUUUUUUCCUUUUUCUUUUUUUUUUAUCUGAAUCUCUAUUUUGCAAUAACUUGAGGUGAAGUAGUACGUUUGAUUGCUUGUUUCUUGUAAACCAAAUUUGUUUAAGUGUUGAAAUUCUUUAUAAAUGUGUAAAGAGGAUUAAUGAAUUGGGAUAAUCUCUAAAAAUGAAGAGAAUAAUCUCAAAUUUGUUGGCA